AGCACAAAGCCCUGCACCAUCUUCUCUUCUCCCUCCAUAUAUCUGCAGCUCUUGAACGACAAUCCAGGCCACACUUCAGUUCAAGAAGUAGCACUAGCCUCUGCACAAGAUCGACCAGUCCGAGAAGUGAGUGAGAUGGCUCGUCGUCUUCGCCGCCCGUCUCCCGUCCCCGUCACCCGCCUGCUCCUCCUCGCCGGCCUCGCCGCCAUCGCCGUGGCCGUCGCCAUCGCCGUCGCCGCCCCAGCAGCGAAGGAUCCAGAGGAUGGGCAGAUCCGGAUCAGCGUCCAGUACCCUACCGAGGAGGAGUCGCAGUGGCUCGACCGCUGGGCGGAGAAGUACCGCUCCAAGGAGCCUGGCUCCGGCUUCUCGGUCCAGCCGGCCACCGACGAGGAGUCGGCGUACCUGAACCGCAUCUUCUCCGGCAGCAAGAACUCCGGCUACGAGGGCCGCAUCGAAUUCGACGACAACGACCGUCCUAGGCUCGUCGUGGACAAAUUCCACUCCGGAGCUCGCUCGUCGGAGCCCAGCGAUGAUCUGAAGAACAAGGAGGGGGAGUCUCACGCCGAGCACGACGUCAUGGAGCUCUAGGAACAUCAUCCAGACCUAAUUGUGAGGCCACUGACUGCCUGGUGGAUCGGCGGAAUAAUGGAGGAUUAAUUUUUCAAAAAAAGAAUAAUGGAGGAUUGGCGGAUGAGGAAACCGAGUUCCUGUGUCACGUAGGAGUAACGUGUUAACAUGUUCUGGUAGCUUUGUUGUUGUGGUGUGGCAGCCAGUAGGGUUUGCCUUGAGACCGAGAGAUUAGUGAAGUGAUACGUCUGGUAACUUAUUGGAUGGGUCAUUCUGUUGUGUGGUAAUGUCGACCUUGAGA